UGGCUUUACCCUAUGAUGCUAAUCCAUGUUGGUGCAGGUGGGUAGACAAGAACACAGAUGGAUCAAUCAGCGUCUGGAGCGACGCGGCUGUGCGCCUGGCCCUCCGUCGCGGUCUGUUACCUAUAUCUCCGCAAAGGCACAUGGAUAAAUUUUUUCAAGGCUGAAGCAGUUAUUAGUUGCAAUCUCCAGCAUAACAAAUUCGCGAAUCCGACUCUCGAGCGUACCUACCAUGGAUCCAAAAAUCUUAGGGAUACCCAUGGCCUAAACUUGUUGCUGAAUCCCCGCUGCCUCCACGGCGUCCAUGCCCUAGCUAUUUGAUGCUUGCUUCAGCCCAGGGUUUUCCUCCGAAUCCCCCUUCUCCAGCCUCAGCUCCCCUCUCCAAUCGCAGUUGCAGUUGCGGCUGGGCUAGGCUUUCGUCAGCAGCACUUUCCUCCCCUCGGCUCUUGACAGAUCGAACUGCUUCCAUCAGCAAUUCAAUCGGGAGAUGGCCACCACUCAGUUCGCCAUGGUUGAGGAGCUGGCCUCGCUCAUCAAGGACAACCUGCACAGCAAGCAUCUCAUCCUCUCCACCGAGGAGUCCCUCGUCGCAGCCCUCCAGGAGCUGCACUGCCGUGAAGAGGACGACGGCGCGGCGGAUACGAUAGAGCUCCAGCCUGCCGGGGCCUACCACCGCCUUCUCUUGCAUCGCCUUGCUGAAAUUUAUGGGUUCGCGCAUGAAUCGGCCGGUGAAGGCGAGGAUCGACAUUUGGUCCUCCAGCGCUGCCCCGAAACAGCCAUCCCAUCUGUUCUUGUUAGUGAUAUGAUAUGGAAGUUUGAUAACAGCGAUGAUUUCAUGUCUGUUGUGCUAACCCGAAAUGAUACAGAUUUUCAAAAACCUCAGAAGGCAGAUAUUGUCCAAAAAGACAUUUCUGUUAAAAGCUCGCGUCUGAAAGACAAUACAGACUCGAAACCUCUGAGGCAGCCAGCAGUACAUCCUGCAGCAUCAUUAAAGGAGAGGGAAGCUGCUUAUCGAGCUGCUCGUGAGCGGAUCUUCUCUGUGGAUGAUGCCAAGGGAAACGAUAGGUCAUACGUGAAAUGUCGGCAGGUUCCUGUUGUUGCUCAACGGAUGAUUGCCCAUGCACUCGGUCAAAAGGUUCAAAAUACCACAGAGGCAGUUGCCUCCACAGAAAGCAGAGGAAAACAUAAACAGCUGCCAAAUGGGAAAAGUAUUCCGACACAUAGCAGGAACAACUUCUGCCCAGUUACACCAGAUAACAAAGAAGCGGUUCGAAAUGGUAGGCCAAACUCAGCUGGUUGUAACUCGUAUCAAACUCCAUCAAGCCAAAGACGCCACACAACUAAUACUAGAGCUGUUACUGCUGAAGGCUUGAAGAAAGAACAGACUGGAGCAGCUAAAAGAAUGUUUGCACAUGCACUGGGUCUGUCUGCAGCUCGAGGAAGUAAUGGUGCGCUGCCCAAACCGAAGUAAAGAUGUGGAUUUGAGAACGGGUAAGUGGAGAAGGUUGCCCAGUGCAAGCUCAAGCUCCUGCCGUGGGAUGAACCUGCAACGGUUGGUGCUCUUCUGUGCCAUCUACUACUGUGGAGCGAUUUUUGUGGUGCUGUAGGAGAUGAAAGCGGUUAUUGGUUGGAUGUUAAUUGUUGGACUUGGACCCAGAGAGGAUAUGUGGCCCGGCGCUGGUUCGAAAAUUCAAGCUCAGAUGGGGAAAGAUGUUGCUGGAUACGCAUUACAUGCCAAGCCAAGUGGAAGAGAAACGCCCCUCCUGUCACUCGUAUGGUAAUAUCGCUCUAAGGUUGCUGCAAUUUGUUUACUCUAGUACGUUAUUUAGAGAGGCACAUCCUGUGCCGUUACUUUUUUCCUUUGACUAUACUUAUAUAAGGACGACUUGCUGGAUUUGUGGUCUUGAUUUAAUUUGUACUCUUAGGGCUUGUUUAGCAGCAAGUGUAAUGGACGAAAUUGAGAAGUUUAAAAUCUCUUACUAUUU